AUGGAUGAUGCCGGAUCACCAGAGGAUGAUUGGACGCUGGACUUUGAGAGAGUUUUUGAGGUAAUUUUGUUGAUCAUUGGGCAAUAUAACUUUGAUAUCGAUGACUUAAGUACGGUUGUGAAGGAACCAGAGGUUUUCUUGCGUAUAAAUGCCACUACUGAGGUGCUUGAGACUCAUAGUGUUGGUGGCUUUAUAGAUUGUUGCUACCCUUUGCCCGUUCGGUGA